AUGGAGAAGGAGCCUAGAAGGCUGGUUUUUGGUGCAACUUCAGUAAUCUGCCUACUUGUUCUUCCUUUGCUAUAUGCUGAAUUUUUUGCAUUGAAUCCUGUUCCAUUUGAUCGAAGUAGGGAUUCCUUGGAAAUGGUAGGGAUGGCACACUUGUCAAAUUUGAGUGUAAGUAUCAGCAGCAGAAAAUUUGGUAAAGGAGUAGAAGAGAACAAGUCCCUGAAAUCUCUGUUAAGAAGACUAGUGAGAGGAGAAGAUCUAACUAAGCUUGAAGCCACUGGAUUUGCAUGUGAUUCAGCCAUUCACUCAGUUGUCUGCAUUGCAAAUCAACCUGUAAGGAUCGACACACACACAAUGACUGUUCAUGCACCAUCUGAUCAACCUAUGGUCCCUGGUAGAAGCGUGGUUCGACCAUAUGCAAGGCAAGACGAUGAUAAUCUUCUGAAAACAAUUACACCAGUGAACAUACUUCAUGGAAACAUAACGCCACCAGCUUGUCAUUACACCCACAAUGUCCCAGCCGUGAUCUUCUCAUCCAGUGGCUUCACAGGAAACCUAUUCCAUGAAUUCAAUGAAAUCAUCAUCCCUUUGUUCAUAACAACUCGCCACUUUAAAUCCAAUGUUCUUUUCAUCCUUAUCGAUUACAGGCCUUGGUUUGUCAGCAAAUAUCACAGGAUUUUCUCACGUUUGUCUCAGUAUGAGGUUAUGAAUCCGGCCGCAAAUAUAAGUGUACAUUGCUUUCCAGGAGCUGUAGUUGGGCUAAAGUACCAUGACAAUCUGGCCAUAAAUUCCAGCGAAAUCCCAGGAGGGUACUCCAUGCCUGACUUCAAGGAAUUCCUGAGAAAAUCGUACAAUCUGAAGAUAAAGAAAGUGUCAGAGAUAGAAAGACCAGUGUUGGUCCUAAUUUCUCGUCGGAAAACCAGAAUGUUCCUGAAUGAAGAUGAAAUGAUUGGUAUGAUGAAAGAGCUAGGCUUCCAAGUUGUGGUUACCACGAGACCCAACAGGAUGUCAAAUUUGAACAGAUUUUCCAAGGUGGUGAAUUCAGGAAGUGUACUGGUUGGAGCUCAUGGUGCUGGCCUUGCAAAUGAACUGUUCUUAUCAGCCGGGGCAGUAAUGGUGCAACUGAUGCCACUGGGGCUCGACUGGCCCGCGAAUGCCUUUUAUGGCAACCCAGCUCGAGAAAUGGGGGUGCACUACUUGGAGUACAAGAUCGAACCGGAGGAGAGCUCACUACUCAAGCUGUAUGGACGAGAUCACCCCGUAAUUGUUGAUCCAGACUCUAUUUUCGCAAAGGGGUACCAAGCUGGCAGGGCAGUGUACCUUGAUCAGCAGAAUAUGAAGAUCAACCUUGUGAGGUUUAGGGAGACCCUUGUUGAAGCAUUAAGACUUACUGGACGCUUAGCUCCUUCAAGUUAG